AUGACGCUUUACUUCAACAGCUGCGCUCUUUACCACGCUGCCCAACUUGGAGGAAGCGCCCGGAUCGGCAAGGAAGUCACGAACAAGGUCCACUUGCAGACGAUACCAGGCAGAAUGGCUGAAGGUGCCGUUCCGGGCGCGCCCAAUGUCUCUGGCACAGACGAAGACCCCUCACACUUCUUCCACCAACCGCCCCCAGUCGCCGGGGUGAAUUUCGGGUCGAGCCCGUCGCAAUCUGAUCGGAUCAACCUCAACCACGAUAUCUCUCACACAGAGCAGUCUCCAACAACUCCGCAGACUCCGUCCACUCCAAAGACUCCGCGUCGGCUGCGGUUCCCAAGCGACGACGGUCAGCUGAGGCAGACGCAUUCUGCCCCAAGUAUUGGUGACAACGGCAACGAUGAUGGCGACGAAGACGUUCGCCAUGAUGGGGGCGGCGAUGGUGUGAGCGAUUUCCGCACAGACAACGAUGGAGAGCCGGAUCGUGACCCUGCAGCACACCGUGGCUGUUGGCAAUCUUUCCGCGACUGGAUGACUUCGUUCAAGCAAGACUUUGGCGAGCCAGAGAGGAGCCAGGAUGUCCAGGAUUUGAUGGGUGAUAUCGGAAUCGAUGUGCGGACAUUGAAAAGCAUGCUGAAAUCGAGCAAGAGCGGAAGGAGAGGAAGACAGAAAGCUCAUAAUAGAGUCUCAAGCUUGAUCGCUCCCUCGGUCAUGCUGGCUCGACCUGGCCUCGGAGCUAGAACGGAGUCAUCCUCGACUGUCGCAACAACAGCAACAGCAACAGAAAAUACAUCUGCCUUGGACUCUGGCUCUUCAACCACUGGAACGGCGACCCCUGGCAAACCAUGGAAAUUUGGUGUUGGAGUUGACCCGCACGAGGUUUCGCAAGCACUGAAAAAGCUGAAGAUCAAGAUGGCCAAGAAGGACAGCCCGCAGGCCAAAUAUGUACAGGCCAUAGCUGAGCUGGCCCACCGCCGGAACGUGGUGUUGCUCAUGGUCUAUGCGUUCAUGGCGUAUGGUGCUCCUUCGCAUCGCAUCGAAGAGUACACACUCAAGCUCUUCAAUGUGCUCGAAAUCGAGGGAAGGGUCAACUAUACAGUCGGUUGCACGGAGAUAUCCUUCAUCAACCCCAUCGACCCGGAAGACCCGAUGACACGAACGGCUUACACGACAUUAGUGAAAGCCCAAGGGCUUGAUAUCGGAGCGUGCGAGACGGCCUUCCGCAUCUACAAGGACGUCAUCCACGGCGAAGUCACCAUCGAGGAGGCCACACAGAGCCUCGCCCAAAUGAUCGAGUCUCCAUCCUACUACAAGCCAUGGACUCUGGUGCCCUUCUACGGCUUUGCAUCUUCCCUCGCCUGCAUCUGGGCCUUUGGAGGAUACUGGUUGGACAUGCCUAUCGCCUUCCUCCUGGGCUGCAUCGUCGGCCUUCUGCAGGUCGUCCUUGCCGCCAAGAACCCUCUUUAUGCAAACGUGCUCGAGGUGUCUGCGUCUUUGAUCACUUCCUUUGGGGCCCGCGCAUUCUCAUCGAUUGGGCCUAGUCAAAAAUACUUCUGCUUUGGUGCCAUUGCUGAGUCUUCCAUCUGUACCAUUUUGCCGGGCUACAUCGUGUUGUGUGGCAGCCUCGAGCUUCAGUCCAAGUCGAUCACGGCUGGCUCCACACGUCUGUUUUACGCAGUGAUCUACUCGUUGUUGCUGGGAUAUGGUAUAGACGUCGGUGCGCAGUUGUGGGCAGUCAUCUACCCCGACGCACCUACAGAUGCAACCUGCCCACGUGUAAAUUGGGUUAGUCCCAAGUGGAAGAUCCUUCUGGUGCCGAGCUAUCUAGUCGUCCAGGCCAUUCUCCUCAGAAGCCGGCCACGUCAAAUCCCCGUCCAGGUUGUUCUCGGGUCAGCAGCGUACACUGUCAACUACUUCGUUUCGCAGUAUGCUACCGCACAAGUGGCCGACACUGCAUCGGCCUUCACCCUCGGUGUUCUCGGUCAUUUAUGGGCUCGCUCUCAACGAGCCUUCGCAUUUGCCGCUGUCGUUGCUGGUAUAAUGGUGCUGGUUCCGUCUGGCCUAAGUGCGCAAGGGGGGCUUGUCGCAGGCAUUACCACUCCAUUGUUUAACAACGCUACUACAAAUGCACAGGAUGUGUAUGAGCAAAAUAUUUACCAAUCGUUUAGUGUUGGCGCCCAGAUGAUACAGGUCGCGCGCUCCCAGUGGCUCACCGCCGGCCACUUCUGCUUUCGUCGGUUUGAUGACCCGAAAUUCAGUGCUGAGCCUGGGGUCCUGGCGAGCGCCAAGAAGGCCAACUGCCGCCAAGGCGCCGGCCGGCACCAUAGACGGGCCCCUGACGAGACCGCAACAACCAGCAACAUGGCUAUCGGCUCAGCGACGACAGCGGAGAAGGGCAAGUCGGACCCCAUCAUCACUCGGCUUGCCAGUGAGGAUAAGAAAAUCUGGUUCAAGAAACCCAAUCUGCGAUUCCUCUAUUUUAUGCUCUUCCCAACAUGUAUGGGAAUCGAGUUGACCUCCGGAUUCGACUCUCAGAUGAUCAAUGCUCUCCAGAUUGUGCCGCCAUGGAAGGAAUAUUUUGGAAACCCGCAGGGCUCGCUUAAGGGCAUCAUCGCGGCUGCGUACUCUCUGGGAGCUAUCCUGUCCCUUCCAUUCAUUCCGAUGGUCAACGAGAAAUUUGGUAGAAGAGGAUCGAUCCUGGGGGGUUCGCUCGUCAUGGUUGUCGGCGCUCUCAUCCAGGGGUUCUCACAGCACGUUGGCAUGUACAUUGUUGCCCGGAUGAUCCUAGGGUUCGGAAUCCCAACAUGUAUCGUGUCUGGGUCUUCACUCAUUGGCGAGCUGGCAUAUCCCAAAGAACGGCCGGUACUGACGUCCUUGUUCAACGUCUCGUACUUUGUGGGCCAAAUCACGGCAGCAGCCAUCUGCUUUGGGACAAACAGCAUACCGAAUGACUGGUCUUGGAGGAUCCCGUCGCUACUCCAAAUCUGCCCUUCAGUCCUUCAAAUCAGUUGCGUACUUUUCCUCCCCGAAUCCCCCCGAUGGCUCAUAACCAAGGACCGCGUCGAAGAGGCCCAAGCAAUCCUGGUCAAGUACCACGCCGAAGGCGACGCGGAGUCGGAGUUUGUCAAGGCGGAAAUGGCCCAGAUCCACACCACGAUCUCGCUCGAAGUCGAGGCCUCCAAGAAAUCCUGGGCAGACCUGUUUGCGACUUCAGGAAUGCGUCGCCGCCUGCUCAUCACUUGCAUGCUUGGACUAUUUACGCAGUGGAGCGGCAACACGCUUAUCAGCUACUACCUCGGAGACCUGCUCGACAUGAUCGGGAUGACGGACUCGACCGCCGUGCAGAAGAUCAACGUGUCGAUCGCAUGCUGGAGCAUGGUCUGUGCCACAAUCGUUGCGCUGCUGGUAGUCAAGAUCCGUAGACGGGUCAUGUAUCUGGCUUGCACCAUCAGCUUGUUGCUGUGCUACAUCGCGUGGACUAUCUCUAUGCAAAAGGCCCAGACGGCCGCUGACGCUGGGACGCCGAAUAAUUCGGCCAACAUUGCGACGUUGUUCUUUAUCUAUGCUUACAGUCCGUGCUAUAACAUGGGCUACAAUGCUUUGACAUACACCUAUAUGGUCGAGAUGUGGCCGUACGCGGAACGAAGCCGUGGCAUUUCCGUGUUCCAGCUCUUCGGCCGCUUGGCCAGCUUCUUCACUACCUUCGUCAACCCCAUCGGACUUGAGGAUGUGGGCUGGAGAUACCUCAUCUCGUACUGCUGCUGGCUAGCGUUUGAGGUUGCAUUCGUCUACUUCAUGUUUCCCGAAACAUUCGGACGUACCCUCGAGGAACUCGCUUUUAUGUUCGAGGACAAGAAACUCGCAGACGAGGCGGUCAAGGCCACAGAGAAGGUGCUCGCUCAUCACGACGAGGAUACAGCGGCCAAGAUUACGGUGACCGAGAAACUGGAUACCAAGACAUGA